UCACUUCCGGUUAUCUGGUCCAAGUCUCGUUUUCGCACAUUUUCAGGUCCAAAUGUAUAGUUCCGGGUCGUCGGAAACAGUUUUCAGUCACUGGUCGUCAGCUCCAAGUGUCUAAGAGACCGUUUUUCGACCACGUGACUACAUCCGGAGCGCGUGGCCAUGUCGGAUGUGUUCACUCGAUGGCUUUUGCAUCCAGACCGGAGUUCCAUAAAUGUUAAAAGUGACGCAGGAUGGCUAAAAAGACUUUGGAAAGUUAGCGGGGCUCUCAUUAGAUGUUGACAAGUGUGACAAGAAGUGCGCUUUGAUCGCCAAUAUUGAGCCGUAGGCCCUGGAGAAACCCAACUGUGGGCGUGGGCGUGGUCCAGUCUCUCCUCUUGUGGACGAGCGCUUCUACCGUGGAGCAACUCAAGAAUGACAAAAGUCUGGAGGCCUACAAGCAAUUCGUCACUGGCUGGGAAUCGUCGUCGUCGUCGGUCGGUCAGUCGGUAUCCGUUGGAAGCGCGCUGCUGAGGUUUCCGUCACUCCAGGCUGCCGUCCCUCUGACCCCGCCCUCGCACACCCUACCCGACCGAAAACCACACAAACAUGGCGCUGUCAUCACGCUUAAAACUUUGGGAGAAGAAGAUUCAGGAGGAGAAUCAUCCAGUGACGGCCCUCGUACCACCGCCGCCCCUCUCGGCCCUCCCGGGCGGCUUCCUCAGGCAGCUGGUCCGAGACUCCGAAAAGGAAACCAAACAAAAAGAGCCCGACGUCAAAGACGAGAAACCACAGCCGAGCAAACUUAGAGACAACUUAGUGCAACAGUUUCUGCUUCCGGAUCAGACUCCACCCAUUCUGGAGGCGGAGAUGUUGCUGCGAGGUGAAAAGCAUGGCCGUGCCCCUGGCUCCGCCCACUCGCCCUCAUCACACAGGACCGUCGCCCUCCCCGGGAAGAAGGAGGUCGUGGCGGAGCCGUGCCCCGAGGGUGAGAACGUGGGGGCGGAGCGAAGGCUGCGAGAGGAGGAGCAAGUGAAGACAAAGGAGGAAACCGAGGAACGUCAGGAACCCGAAGGAAGACUAGCGGAUGCCGAUGUGACGGGAUGUGACAGGGAGAAGGUCAAGGACGUGUGGUACGAGGUCGGACCCGUUUGGUAUGUGCACCAGGACGGAUUCACGCCGGCCACUCAACUGAAGCCUGAUGAAGGGACACCCGACCUCCCCCAAGGCCACGUGAGACUCCGCCUCCGCAGCGACGGCUCGCUGCUCGACGUUCCAGAAGACUGCGUUGACAAAUGUAACCCCGCCCACCUGGACCUGUGCGAGGACCUGAGCGAGCUCCCGAGUAUCAACGAGAGCGGCGUCCUGCACACGCUCAUCAGCCGCUCCAAGGCUGGCAUGCCGCUGACGCACGCCGGCCCGAACCUCAUCAACCUCUGGCCGCCCCGGAACACACAUGGAAAGAAUGCAAAAUCUCGGCGAGGCGAGUCGCGGCGGGAUGCCCCACCCGCUCUGGACGCCCUGGUCAAGCGGGUGUACGUGUCGGUGGUGGACACCCGGCGCGACCACUGCUUGUGCGCGACCGGACGGAGCGGCACCGGCAAGACCGCCACGUGCCGGGCCUUCGCCGUGGCGCUGCUCAAACGAGCCGGAACCGUCGGACCCAACAUGAGCGUGGAUCGCGUGCAGGCCAUGUUUACCGUCUUGAAGUCUUUCGGCUGCGUGACUUCGGCCUACAGUGACGCCUCCUCGCGCUUUGCCAUGCUUUUCUCUGUGGACUUCAACCACGCCGGACGUGCUGCAUCCGGACACGUGCAGACGAUAAUGUUGGACAAAUGGCGAGUUUGUCACAUGACGGAAGGGGAAAGCAACUUCCUGGUCUUCUCGCAGAUGCUAGUGGGACUUGGCACGGAGAUGAGGACGGAGCUCGGCCUUCAUCACUUUCCGGAGCGUCAUUCCUUUGGGAUGGCCCCUCCCGCCAAGGUGGAAGAAAGACAGCGAGCGUCCGUGGCCUUCGCCAAGCUGGUGGCUGCCAUGGAAACGCUGGGCUUCAGCGCCAGCGAGCAGAAGUCCAUCUGGCACGUCCUGGCCGGGAUUUACCAUCUGGGAGCCGCCGGGGCCUGUAAAGUGGGGCGGAGGCAGUUUUUGAACUUCGAAAGCGCUCAGGCCGCUAGCGGCGCGCUGGGCUGCGAGUGGGAGGAGCUUCAGACGGCCGUCUUCAAGCAUCACCUGAGGCGGCUGCUGCGGACGGCCACAGGGGGCGGCAGAGAGCGCGACGGCGCCGGACAGCUACAAGACGGCCCGAGGCUGACGGCGGCCCAGUGCGUGGACGGAAUGGCGGCCGGUCUCUACGAGGAACUUUUCGGCGCCGUCGUGUCGCUCAUUAACAGAUCUCUGAGCGGCCAGCAGUUGGCGCUGGCGUCGGUGAUGGUGGUGGACCCGCCGGGCUUGAGGAACCCUCGUCACGCGGCGCAGGAACGGGCGGCCAACCUCGGCGAGUUUUGUCACAACUACCUGCAAGAACGACUUCUGGAACAUCGCUACGUGCACACGUUCACGCGCGCCGUGGACCGAUACGCGCAGGAGAAAAUCCCCGUGGACUUCCAGUGUCCGGACGUCAGCCCCGCCGACGUCGUGGCCGCCAUCGACCAACCGCCUCCGCAAGUGCGCGCAGCGGGCGACGCCGCUCGCGGUCUCCUGUGGGCGCUGGACGAGGAGAUGUCGAUGCCCGAGUCUGGCGAGGGCGUCGCCCUGGAGCGCGUCUGUCGUCACUACGGCAACACAGUGCGUCAAUGCGAGCAACCUCUGCACUGCGAAGUCCAACACCUGACAGGAAACGACCCCGUCCGCUACGACCUGACGGGAUGGUUCGGCGAGCUCCAGGUCAACCCGGCGGCGGGCAACGCAGCCGCGCUGCUGCACGACUCCAAAAUAGCGUCGGUGAAGUCCAUGUUCGGCGCCGCCGGCGUGCCCGUGGCCCCCCUGUGCGCCGGCGUCUGCGGCCUGCGGGGCUUCGGCCAGCGCUCGCUGCAGAGGAGCGGAACCGUGCGAAAGACGCUGAGCGGCGGGGCGGCGGCGCUACGUAGACACUCGCCCUGCGUCGCCGUCAAGCUGCAGGCCGACGCACUGGUCAACGUGAUCGGCCGCGCCCGUCCCCUAUUCCUGGAGUGCGUCAGCGCUAAGACGGAUGCCGCCGGCGCCUUCCACGUACCCGAGCUCAGAACGCAACUGAAGGCCGCGGAGGCCUUGGCCGCGCUGCGCAUCUACCGCGCAGGUUACCCGGACCACAUGACCUUGAGCGACUUCCGCUGCCACUUCCAGGCUUUGUCUCCGCCCGUCAUGAAGCGUUACGCCUCCGUGUUUGUCAGCCACGACGAGAGGAAGGCCGUGGACGAGCUGCUGGCCGACUUGGACCAGGACCCGAAGAGCAUCGCGGUCGGCGCCAGUCGGGUGUUCAUGAAGCGCGGCGUCCUGGCCCAACUGGAGGCUCAGAGGGACCUGCAGGUGACGGGCUGGCUGGUUCACCUUCAGGCGGCCUGCGCGGGCCACCUGGCCCGACACAAGUACCGCACGCUGAAGGUGCAGCAGGUGGCGCUGCGUUGCCUGCAGAGGAACCUGCGGGUGCUGCGCGCGGUGGCCGACUGGAACUGGUGGAAGCUGUUCUGCAGAGUGCGCCCCCUACUGGCCGUCAACACGGACAACGAGAGGCUGCGCGCAAAAGAGGACGAAGUGUCGGCACUGAGAAGGCGUCUGGAAAAGUCGGAAAAAGAACGAAAUGACCUGAGACGAACCGUCGACGCCUGCGAGACUAAACUGACGGCGGCGACCUCCGAGCUGAGCGACGAGCGUUUCCGCGGCGACGCGGUGGCUCAGGCUUUGGAUGUGGAGAGGGCCGAGAGACUGAGGCUGAGCAAGGAGAACUCGGACCUGCAGGCUCGCCUGGACCAGUGCAAGGUUGCUAUGGAGCUGCUGGAGAAAAAUUUGGAGGAGGAACGUCUAAAGCGUCGUACGCUGGAGAGUCGGCAAGUGGCAGCAUCAGAAAGAGGAACAGAAAGCGAGCUGGUCCUGCAGCUGGAGUGUUGCCAGACCGAGGUGGACUUCCUUCGCCGGCGUCUGCAGCAGACGGAGGAAAAAGCCGAGGUCGAGCGGCGGGCUCGGCAACAGCUGGACGCUAAGGCGGCAUCGUUGCAGGCUCAGCUGGACCAAUCCAAGCGUACCGUGACGGACCUUAAACGCCAGAGUCGGCGUGCCGCCAACGACCUGCACGACGCCAGGGCGAUGACGGACAAUCUGCACAACCGAGCGCACCAACUGGAACGCAAACAACGACGCUUUGAUAGCGAGCUGGCGGCGGCGUUAGAAGAAGCCGACAGCGAGCGGGAGUUGAAAGAGAAAAGCCUACAGGAAAACACCGCGCUUGGGGUCCAGAUUUUCACAAUGCGCCGAACCCUACAGGAAAGUCAGGCGGAGGCGUGCCGCCUGCAGAAGCAGAAAGACGAGUUGUGUAGUCAGAUUCGCGACCUCAGCGUGCACCAAACCGCCGACUCGGUGCCCGAGCUGAAGAAACAAGUGCGCCACCUGGAGGGCGUGGCCGGCGAGAGGGCGGAGGAAGUGGCCGAGCUGACCGGCAGAAUCGAACGGCACCAGCAGGCUCGCGUCCGUGAGGAAUUAGAGAUGGCCCGAGUGAAGCAGAUGCACCAAAAGGAGCUGGAGGACAAGGAGGAGGAGCUCGAGGAUGUACACAAGUCGUCCCAGCGGCGGCUGAGGCAGCUGGAGAUGCAGCUGGAGCAAGAAUACGAGGAGAAGCAGAUAGUCAUCCACGAGAAGCGCGACCUGGAAGGUUUGGUCGCCACGCUGUGCGAACAGGUCGGCCACCGUGACUUUGAUGUGGAGAAGAAGUUGAGGCGAGACCUGAAGAGGACUCACGCCCUACUCGCCGACGCCCAGACCCUGCUGGACGCUCUUCACGGCCAACGACAAAGCGGGAGGAUCCUCGACGGUGAAAGCAAGGAGCAACUGGAAAGGCUUCACUGUCAGUUGGAGGACAGCGAAUCGCGGCGUCGUGAGCUCGAGAGCCUCCGGGCGACCUUGACGCAGGAGCUGGAAGACGUUCAGGUUGAACUGGAAACCAUCAGCAAGCAGAAGAGUUUGCUGGAUGACGAGAUUUGCGUCCUGCAACGUACGAAAGUCGAUCUGCUCAAACGUCUGGAAGAAGACCAGGAGGACCUCAACGAGCUCAUGAAGAAACACAAAGCUCUCAUUGCGCAGUCGUCCAGUGACAUCGGUCAGAUCCGAGAACUGCAGGCUGAGCUUGAGGAGGUGAAGAAGCAGAGACACGCCCUCCAGGAGGAGCUCCAGCAGCAGGCGUCCAAGCUGCAAUUCCUGGAGUCGUCCACUGUGGGGCGCAGCAUUGUCAGCAAACAGGAAGCGCGAGUGUGCGACCUGGAGAACAAGCUCGAGUUCCAGAAAGGUCAAGUCAAAAGGUUCGAGGUGCUGGUGCUCCGCCUGCGAGACAGCGUGGUGCGUCUGGGGGAGGAGCUUGAGCGCAGCGCUCAAUCGGAGGCUCGCGAGCGUGACAGUGCUCACUACUACCAGCGGCGUCUUCAGGACAUGCGCGUGGAAAUGGACGAGCUGAGCCGACAGCAUCAGGACAGCGGCAGACGGCGCAUGGAGCUGGAAAUGCAGGUGGAGGAGCUGACGGCCAUCCGGCAGACGCUGCAGGCCGACCUAGAGACGUCCAUCCGUCGCAUCGUGGACCUGCGGGCCGCCCUGGAGGAGGUCGAGUCCAGCGAGGACAGCGACACCGACAGGGAGUCCGGCGGGGUGGCGGGCGAGGCCGGCGAGGCCACAGGCGUUCGGCGGACGGCAACCAGAGGAGGCUCACCCGGCGGCAGCGUCGGCAGCCAGUCAGGGCGCCGGUCGGCGGCAGACUCCGGCAGCGCGUUUAGUUUCCGCUCCUGCGAGGACCUGGACGGGGAAAACUCGGGCACGGGGCGCACACGAGGAGGACUGGGACGGGCGGCGUCCUCGUCGGCGCUAUCUGAGCUUCUGGAAGGACUUCGCAAGCGACGAGCGGGCGGAGACGCGGACGCAGACGCGGGCGGCGACGUGGACGGCACCCUGCCGCUCCCUGUCUAUCAAACUACGGCGGCGUCCGCCCUUCGGCGUCGGGCCUCGGCGCUGUCCCUUGCGGCGGACGCGCCUCCGGGUAUCCUGAAGCCCUCGUCGCCUCUCCCGCCCGGCGAGCCACUAACGACUGCAUCCUCUGCCACGCUGUCGUGCUUUAACCCCGGCGAGCCCAUCGCGUCGCUACCGUCGCUGCCCCGCCUUUCGUCUUUGGCCUCCUCGCACGUUGGCCGGCACCCCUCCGCCGAACGCCCCCUCGCCCGACCGGCACCCUCCCUGGCCGUCCCAGAGGAGGACCGGGAGAAAAGUCAGCGCACCGUGUCGACUCUUCACCGCUCCCCGCUGGUGCGACGCCGUUGCACGCUGGAAGAUUUGCUCUCGGAGGACACGUCCAAGGACACCCCGGCGCUCGAGGGUGCGCUAUUCCAGAAUCGGCAACGCCCGGGCGAGUCCGACAGCACGUCCGACAUCCUCCCCGCCGUCCGCAGAGCUCGGUCGGCCGGCAGCCUGGCCGGAUCCGCGCGGGGUGGCCGCCGAGCGCUCAGCGUCCAUUUCGGAGAGCUGCCGCCCUCGGCGCGGCGCCGUGGGGGGUCUGACGCGGAAUCGUCCGGGUCCGGAGACUCGUCGGGAUCUUGUGAGUCGGCGCGGGCCCGAGGCUGCUCGGACCGGCCCCGGGGAGAACGGCUGGAAGCGGAGGGCAGCGAAGGCGCCGAGCCCGGAGACGUGGCGGCGGUCAUGAGGAAAUACCUCAACAAGGAAAGCCGCUGAGCGAGCGCACAUUAGCAUGCGGACGCGCUACCGUCGGAUUUUAGCCACUUUAGCAAAGUUGGCUAGUAGCGUCAAAUUCGGUCCAAGUGCCUUUUCAUUUUUGUUUGCAAUAAAUAAGCAGAAUGACA